UAAGUGGGUGGAUUAGGGCAGCUCUCUGGAAGUGAGGGUCGCUUACCACUCAGGGGACACCGCUCGGCACACACCGCUCGGCACACAGCGCUCUGCCCGGUUCGAGCACUCCCGGCCGUGGGCGGCACCGGGCGGCAGCGCCGGCCCCGCUGUGCCGGGGCCGCCCCCGUGCCCGAGGGGCAGUGAGGUGACCCCAAGAUGGCGGCGGCCCCACGUUGGGGGGUGUCAAGAUGGCGAUGGCCCGGAGCAGCGGCUGUGAGGCGGCGGGACCCGAUGAAUGCACGAACCCCAUCACGGGCCCCUCACGGGCCCUGGCGGGCGGGUCCCCCCGGCCGGGCACGCCCGCCCUCCCUCCCCAGGCCUCUCGCCGGGGCGGCGGCCGGGCAGCACCGCCUCCGCGGGGCUCCGGCAGCGGCGCGCAGCCAUGCAGCUGCUCGGCGGGAUGCCGCCGGCGCGGCUCGUCCUCGCCCUUUGCUUCUGGAGGCUGGUGCCGCGCCGGGAGGCCGCAGGCACGGAUGAAGUGGUCUUUGGGCAGGUGGGAGGAAGCAUCCUCCUCUUAUGCCGCAACGUGUCCAAGGAAGCCACCGAGGUGGUCUGGUUCCAAGGGGAUCCGCGCUCCUUCCCGCCUCUCUUCUCCUCGAGGGUCUCCUUCCCCCCGGACGUCCGCUUUUCCCUGGUGGACAACAGCUCCCUGAGCAUCACGGAGCUGCGCCUGCAGGACGAGGGCAACUACACCUGCAGGGAAGUGCUGAACAAGACGGACCAUGAGCACAGGGUGCAGCUCCUGGUGGCCAAUCCACCACAGGCAACCCCAAAGUGCUGGGCUGAGAGCUCCUCGUCAGGGCUGAUGCUGCAGCUGUUCUGCAGCUGGCCUGGAGGGUACCCCCACCCCACCCUGCACUGGAGAGAAGAGGGGCAGGAUUUGGAGAACUCCAGCUGGGUCAUCAGCUCCACCAGCUCCUCAGACACCCACGUGGAGAUGCUGAACAGCUCCCACCUCGCCCACCGAAAAGUCUUCAAGUGUGUGGGCAGCCACGUGGUGAAGCAGGAGCAGCCUGCCUGCACUGUGGAGAUAAAGCUCCCUUCCCUGGAAUCUGAGCCCCCGCAGACCUGCUUUGUGGGUGACAAUGUGACCCUGACCUGCCGGGUGACCGAGAGCACGCCGGCAGCCCGGCUCAGCUGGCUGCGGGACAUCUCCCAGCCCGAGGAGGAGAUCCAGCCUGGGGGGAGGUUCCUCAUCGCCCAGGAGGGCAACGUGUCCCGGCUCACCAUCCAGAACUGCUCCCAGGGCACUGACGGCGGCUGCUACGUCUGCAAGGCCCAGAACCCCGUGGGGCUGCGGGAGCUCUUCGUCUGCCUCACGGUGAAGCAGCCGGUGAACAUCGUUGGGGUCGUGGGUGCCGUGGUGGUGCUGUCCCUCCUGACUGUUCUCACUGUCACCGGGGUUCUGUUGUACUACAAUCCCCUCCUGUGCCUCAGAGGUGCUGCAUUCAGGAAUGCAGACUCAGGGGAUGUCCUAGUGCUGGUGGACUCUGAAGAUGACGAGGAGGGGAAGGGGUCUGAGGAGGGCCUGAGCAGCUGCACUGAGCACGAGGCCAUGGCGCUGGUCGGUGGGAGCAGGGUCGAGGCUGCUCUCCUGAACCACCUCACAGAAGGUGACGAUGACGAGCUGCACAGUGGGGUCUCUGCGCAGGAUGUGAGAGAAGAGACACGAGGCUCAUAGCUUCUGUCCCUUCUUGAGGAAGCACACGGAGCUCCAGCUGGAAUCCAGCAUCAAGCAGGCCCUCACUGUGUGUGGCUGAGCACAGGAUGUCGGUGUCCUGUCCCUGAAUACUUCAGGCACCUCUCUCUCCACCUGCCCCUUCCACAGUUUCAUUCCGUCCUUCUCCAGCCAUGUUUCUCCAUUUCUUCUCUCUUCUGUUUUCCCCCUUGUUUUGGGUGUCCUUAAAACAAGCACCCAGCACAGGCAGAGCACCUCCUCACUUUGAUGCCUGUGAUGGACUUGAAUUCACGUGUGGGAUUCUGGCUCAGUCUGGAAUGGACCAAGUCACCACAGGGCCACAGUGGUCCUGGGGCGAGGGAAGAAACAAGGGCUGUGUGGGCAGGACACGGCUGACACUGACUCUGGGAAGGCUGAAUGUUUGUAUUAUAAAUAUUUUUCCCCUA